AUGGACUUAGCCGUCAGUGAAGACUUAACACCGUGUGUUGGCUGUGUCCAAGUAAACGGAUGCAUUUCUCUUCCUUACAAAACCACUCUACUUUCACCAACAAAUUGUCUUGAAAAUAUCUUAAACAUGAGCUCGUACAAUCCUUCUUCCCUUAUGAUUAUAUUAUCUCUUCUAUUUUUCUUGGUCUUUGAUCUCACUUUUGCCGGGUCUUGUCCUAAAACUUGUGGAGGAAUCGACAUCCCGUACCCAUUUGGAAUCGGGGAGGGCUGCUAUCUCAAUAAAUGGUACGAAAUUAAAUGCGAUCAUAAUAACUCUCUUUCAGUUUCAGGGAAGCUUGUCCCUGUUCUUUCCCUAAUUGCCAAGGAAGUUGUGGAUAUCUCUCUUCCGGAAUCACUCGGCUCGUAUGGUUAUUAUUCUCGCAUGCCAUACGGGAAAGUUCACAUAAAAAACCCAAUAGCUUCAACGGGGUGCUCCAGCAACAAACAAGAGUUUAGAUCACUUUUGAAUUUGACGGGGAGUCCAUUUUACGUCGGUGUCAGUAAUAAACUGAUAGGUAUUGGUUGCAACAGCACAGCCUCGUUGACGAAUGUCGAGCCAAGCAUCACUGGAUGCUUCUCCAAUUGCCUGGGUUUUACGACUCCAAAAUAUUAUCCUGGUUCAGUCUAUUGUAAUAUUACGAGUGACUAUGGGCAUUGUGGUGAAGAAAGCUGCAACGGUAAUGGAUGUUGCAAGGCAAGCAUGCCCGGUAGUAUUCAACAGGUUGUUGGUGUCAGAAUAGAUGACAACGCCACCACAACAGGAUGGUGUAAAGUUGCUUUCUUGGCAAAUGAGGAAUACACUUUAUCAGAAGGUUCUAAUCCAAAUUGGGUAUAUGAUAAACGAUAUUCAACAAUUGAGCUAGGAUGGUUCCUCCAUACAACCAAUAUUUCCUUCUUAGGCUCUCUAAAAUGUGCAACUAUGAAAGAGUACCUAAGUCUAAGUCGAAACCCAUAUGAAUCGACUUACGGAAUAAGUUGUGCAUGCGACCAUAACUCCUAUUUUCCUAACUAUGCAAGUUGCAGCUGCAAUAGUGGCUACAUGGGGAACCCAUACAUUCCGGGUGGAUGUGAAGAUAAAAAUGAAUGCACUGAAAAAGACAUGUACUGUGGGGAAGACGCCAGUUGUGUCAAUUUGCAAGGAUCCUAUAAAUGUUUGCAUAGAAAUUACCGGCUUGCUAUAGGGAUUUGUUCAAGUUUCGGCGCAUUGAUCUUUAUUGGGGGAAUAUAUGGGUUAUACAAGUUUAUUAAAAAACAAAGGAGGUUAAACCAAAAGAAGAAGUUCUUCAAGCGUAACGGAGGCUUGUUGUUGCAACAACAAUUAACUACAACCAAAGGCAACAAUGAAAAGACAAGAGUUUUCAGCUCAAGCGAGCUGGAAAAUGCCACUGAGAACUUUAGUUUGGCUAGAAUACUUGGCCAGGGUGGUCAAGGUACCGUCUACAAAGGAAUGCUUGUUGAUGGUAGAAUUGUAGCAGUGAAAAAGUCCAAAGUGGUGGAUGAAGACAAGUUGGAGGAGUUCAUCAAUGAGGUUGUCAUUCUCUCCCAGAUCAACCACAGAAACAUUGUCAAACUUUUAGGGUGCUGCCUUGAGACAGAAGUCCCUGUUCUCGUCUACGAGUUCAUUCCCAACGGUAACCUAUUUGAACAUCUUCAUGAUGAGUCAGAUGAUCACACAUUGACCACUUGGGAAGUGCGUCUCCGAAUUGCUAUAGAUAUUGCAGGAGCUCUUUCAUAUUUGCAUUCUGCCGCAUCAUCUCCAAUAUAUCAUAGGGACGUCAAGUCUACAAACAUAAUGUUAGAUGAGAAGUAUCGAGCUAAAGUGUCUGAUUUUGGCACUUCAAGAACGGUAACGGUGGAUCAUACACAUCUUACAACCGUCGUUUCAGGUACGGUUGGAUAUGUGGAUCCUGAGUAUUUCCAGUCUAGCCAGUUCACGGACAAAAGCGAUGUUUACAGCUUUGGAGUGGUGCUUGUGGAGCUCAUCACCGGAGAAAAGUCAUUUUCCUUCUUGAGGUCUCAAGAAAAUAGGACAUUGGCAACUUAUUUCCUUCUUACAAUGAAACAGAAUAGACUACUUGACAUAAUCGAUGCACGAAUCAGAGAUGGUUGCAAGCUGAAUCAGGUGACUGCAACCGCAAACCUUGCAAGGAAGUGUUUGAAUCUGAAAGGGAGGAAACGGCCAAGUAUGAGAGAAGUGUCCAUGGAAUUGGAGAAAAUUUGUAAAUCUUCGGUGGUAAGUCUUUUUUGUCAAUGUCAGAUAUUGAACCUUUGUUUCCUUACCAAACACGGUAAGAACUUCAACCUUACUUACCACCGCAAUUAUCUAAUGCCUUUGUUUUCACGUCCAAUUUCUGUGCGAGUGAAUGUAUUUUGUUUUAAGAAUACCCUUGAAUGUGUAAUAAACGGAUCUUGUCAGUAUCAACUCUACAGUUUCCUCUCCUCUGAAUGUACGUGUAACAAAAGAAUAAUUUCAUAAUCUAUUACAAAAAGAC